UUUGUUUCGCAGCAGCAUGAUGUAGGCAUGACGUAUUUGACAGCUGGAAUCUGAUUGGCUGUUGCGGUUUGAAGCCUUGGAGAUGAUGUUCAUGGCUACCUGACUGUAUUUGUACUCUAAUGGAGAUCUGAAGUGGAUGUGAAUAUGGAUGCAGAACGCAAAGGCUGUUUCAAAACUACAAGACAUUAAUGAAUGGGACACAGGAGCGUCUGAGCGCCGUACUGCGAGAUGUGACAGGAUGCUGAACCAUCACUGUAGAAGGAACCCAGAGUUACAGGAGGAGCUGCAGAUCCAAGCGGCAGUGGCGGCCGGCGAUGUCUACACCGUCCGCAAGAUGCUGGAGCAGGGCUACUCGCCCAAGAUCAGGGACGCCAACGGCUGGACACUGCUGCACUUCUCUGCGGCGAAGGGGAAGGAGCGAUGUGUGCGCGUGUUCCUCGAACACGGAGCGGAUCCCACAGUGAAGGAUUUCAUCGGAGGCUUCACCGCUCUGCAUUACGCCGCCAUGCACGGCCGCGCCCGCAUCGCCCGCCUCAUGCUGGAGUCUGAGUAUCGCAGCGACAUCAUCAACGCCAAGAGCAACGAUGGCUGGACGCCUCUGCAUGUUGCGGCCCACUAUGGCCGUGACUCCUUCGUGCGUCUCCUCUUGGAGUUCAAAGCCGAGGUGGACCCGCUCAGCGACAAAGGCACCACGCCGCUUCAGCUGGCCAUCAUCCGCGAGCGCUCCAGCUGUGUCCGCAUCCUGCUCGACCACAGCGCCAACAUAGACAUUCAGAACGGCUUCUUGCUGCGUUACGCCGUCAUUAAGGGCAACCACUCAUACUGCCGCAUGUUCCUGCAGCGCGGAGCAGACACUAACCUGGGCCGGCUGGAGGACGGACAGACACCGCUGCACCUGUCGGCCCUCAGAGACGAUGUGCUGUGCGCGCAGAUGCUGUACAUUUACGGAGCCGAUACGAACACAAGGAACUACGAGGGCCAGACGCCCGUGGCUGUUUCCGUCAGCAUGUCUGGCAUCAGUCGGCCCUGUCUGGACUUCCUGCAGGAGGUCACAAGGCAGCCCAGGACUUUGCAGGAUCUGUGCAGGAUAAAGAUACGGCAGUGCAUCGGUCUGCAGAGCCUGAAGUUUCUGGAAGAUCUGCCCAUUGCCAAGGUCAUGAAGGACUACCUAAAACACAAGUUCGACAGCGUUUGACAGCAACCGAUCAACUGGUUUCUGUAGGUUCCCUUAAGACUCUAUGCAAACUCUCUUUUGACUUCGACUCGACCUCUGGGAGCAGGUGCAGCGUUUUGUACAAGAGCAGUGAAAUAACGACACUGUAAUGGCCACGUUUAUUAGUUCACUGAAGGUGUCGUGGUGAAAUUCCUGACCCAUGAGGGAAGAAAAAUGCUGACGUUUGAUAUUUGUACCAAAUAUCUUUUUUUGCUCUUAAAUCAACAAGGCCUUUGUAAGUAUUAGACUUUUUUUUUCUAUCGGCUACAUUCUCAGACAAGGAAAAGAUAAAAGCUAAGCUAUCCAGAGAAAUUGCCAAAUAUUCAGGUCACCCUCAUAAAAAAAAAAUGGAUGUGCUAUUGUCAUUUUUGCUGUGAAGAAAUCAUUUUCAAACACAGCUUUUUUUUGGUACAAUAAGUUAAUAGAAACCAAUUUUUUGCAUUUAAAAACAAAUUGUACCAAAAAAAAAAGAAAGAAAACCAACAGGCUCUCAGUUUGUCUCUGCAAACAUUCUUCAUAUUUUUUUUCUUCUGAGAAUUUUAAUUUAAUUGAUUUAUUUUUUAUGAUUAUUUUUAUAUACGAUUUUUCUUUACAAAUCGUUGGAGAUUCAGUAUCAGAGGUGCUUGGCUUUAGUUUGCAUUAAGUCUUUGUCACGACUAAAGGACUACAUAGGUGAACUUGUAUUCGGUGCGUAGAACAUUAACAAACUUUAUGUAAAUAUUUGUGUCAUAUGUACAGCAGAUAUUUUUACACUAUUUAAGCCACAUGCUUGUGUUAUGGAAGUGUUUUGUUGAGUGGUUCUGUGUUUUUUGUGUGACCUGUCAAGGGCUUUGAUGUAGGAGCGUCCGGAUCUGUAAUUAAAUGGAAUAUUAGUGAUGCUUAAUUGGACUUGGCCAUCAUUUUCUUCUUAUAAUGCACAUAAAAAAUCUCUUACAUUUUUGCAAUCGGUAAUUUAAUGCUCUCGUGAUUUUUGUUUUUUUAAUAUAUAAUGAUUUGAAAUGCACUUAAUUGUUUUGGGGGGGUUGUCUACACAAUAUAAGCAUUAGUCAAAGGUCUGGAUAGCAUUACAGUAGUUCAGAUCAUUUGGCACUACUUCAAGCAACGUUUUAGUCCGAAUGCUCGCAGCUUUAUUUUUGAUCUUUCCCCUUAAUAAAAUCUCAAUCAAGGUGAGAGCGUUUGGUGGGAGAGACUCUCACAAAGAGGUUGGAACACUAGCUGCCUUUCCUUGAGUCCGUGACGCAGUACAGCGACAGCAUUUCACCACAUCAUGAACACACUUCAAGUGCAUUAACGUGACCUGCCACAGCAUUGAAAUGAUUUCUUUUUUGAGUUCCGGGACUGAAA